AUGGCGCUGCUUGCCCCCAUAAUAUGCGACAAUGGAACUGGUUACUCCAAAGUAGGCUUUGCAGGAAAUUCUGACCCCUCAUUUGUUUUCCCCACCGCAAUCGCAACGAGAGGUUCGGCAUCACAAACAUCACGAGCACCCGCCGUACCCGUCAAACCAGGCCAUCUCGCGUCCAAACGCGGCGUCGAGGAUCUCGAUUUCUUUAUCGGCGAUGAAGCACUCGCGAACGCAAAGACGCCAGGGUACGGCGUGCACUACCCCAUCCGCCACGGCAUGAUCGACAAUUGGGACCACAUGGAGCGAUACUGGGAGCAGACGAUCUUCAAAUAUCUGAGGGCUGAGCCAGAGGAUCAUUAUUUCCUUCUUACUGAACCACCUCUCAAUCCACCCGAAAACCGAGAACAGACGGCUGAGAUAUUCUUCGAGUCGUUUAACAUCAAGGGACUGUACAUCGCCGUCCAAGCUGUCCUUGCGCUCGCGGCGUCGUGGUCCUCGAACAGGGUUACAGACCGCACGCUCACCGGAACGGUUAUCGAUUCUGGAGAUGGUGUUACUCAUGUUAUUCCAUGUGCAGAGGGGUACGUCAUCGGGAGCGCGAUCAAACACAUCCCAAUCGCAGGACGCGAUAUCUCGCAGUUCGUGUUGAACUUGAUGAGGGAGCGUGGAGAGAUGGCGGCUGUACCGCCAGAAGACCAGUUGAGGGUCGCCAGCAGGGUGAAGGAGAACUACAGCUACGUAUGCCAGGAUAUUGUUCGGGAAUUCAGGAAGUACGAUGAGGAACCGCUUAAGUAUUUUGAGCGCUACGAAGGAGAGCACAGUGUUACUGGGAGGAAAUAUGGCGUUGACGUUGGAUAUGAGCGUUUCCUUGCUCCAGAAAUCUUCUUCAACCCAGAGAUAUAUUCGUCCGACUUCCUUACCCCUCUUCCAGAGAUUGUUGACGACGUCAUCCAACAAUCACCCAUUGAUGUUCGUCGUGGCCUAUACAAAAAUAUUGUGCUGUCGGGAGGAUCUACCAUGUUCCAACAUUUCGGCCAGAGACUGAAGCGCGAUCUCAAGCAACUUGUCGAUCGCAGAUUAGACGCUAGCGUUAUGGCCAGCGGCGGUGCGCUCAAAUCAUCCGGAGUCGAGGUCGACGUCAUUUCUCAUAAACGGCAACGAUACGCCGUCUGGUUUGGUGGUUCCUUGUUGGCAUCCUUGCCUGAGUUUUACACUUCCUGCCACACGAAAGCUCAGUAUGACGAGAUUGGCCCUAGCAUUUGCAGGCGUUAUCAGAUCUUCGGAAGCGCAACCUAG